AUGGCAGAAGCUCUAGGCCUCGCCGCCAGCGUCAUCGCGGUGGUUGACAUGACAACGAAGGUCGGAGGCGCCACCUUCAAGCUCAUGAAACUAUGGAACGAGGUCAAAGAAGUGCCGAUAAUGCUCCUACAGAAGGCAGAACGUAUGCAAGACCUGGAAGACUUCCUUCUCGAUGCCGAAGACCAGAUUCAAAACAGUCCGCUACCGCAAGCCUUCUUUAAUACCAAUCAUCGUUUGCAGCAACACAUUCAGAAGGUUCGCCGCGCACUGGAUGAGGUUCAGAACUUGGUUGACGAUCUACAAACCAAGUUGGCUGCCCGAAAAGAUGGGUUCAGAAACAGACUACUCUCAACCAAGGUGGUGUUCCGUAAAGACGAGUUGAUGGCCUUGGACAGGAAGCUUGACGCGGCUCUUUACCUGUUUUCGAUCGCGCAGAUGCAGUGGAUCAUGUGA